UCCGGGCCGGAGUGCUGUCUGAGGCCGCGGCGCUAGCGGGAGCUCCUCCGGGCGGCUGGGACGAUGACGGGCCGCCGCUGUCUCCUCUCCUGGCUGUGUGCCGCAGCUGUCACCUGCGCCGUGGCGCAGCAAGCGCCCCCGUGGACAGAAGACUGUCAAAAAUCAACUUAUCCUCCUUCUGGACCAACCUAUAGAGGGCUGGUUCCAUGGUACACCAUAAAUCUUGACUUACCACCCUACAAAAGAUGGCAUGAUUUAGUGUCAGACAAGGCACCAAGGAUAAAGAUAUUAGUGAAUUCCCUGAAGAAUGUAGCAAAUGCAUUUGUGCCAAGUGGAAAAAUUAUGGAGAUGGUGGAUCAUAAGUUGCCUGGUCUACUAGGUACCCUUCCUGGCCCUUUUGAAGAGGAAAUGAAGGGGAUUGCAGAUGUGACUGAAAUACCUUUAGGAGAGAUAAUUUCAUUCAAUAUUUUCUAUGAGCUUUUUACUAUGUGUACAUCAAUAAUAACAGAAGACAAAGAAGGUCAUCUUCUACAUGGAAGAAACAUGGACUUUGGAGUGUUUCUUGGGUGGAAUGUAAAUAAUAAUACCUGGGUCGUAACAGAGGAACUAAAACCUUUAACAGUGAAUUUGGACUUCCAAAGAAACAAUAAAACCGUUUUUAAGGCUACAAGCUUUGCUGGCUAUGUGGGCAUGUUGACAGGAUUCAAACCAGGACUAUUUAGUCUUACACUAAAUGAACGUUUCAGUAUGAAUGGCGGUUAUCUGGGUAUCCUAGAAUGGAUUCUGGGAAGGAAAGAUGCCACGUGGAUAGGGUUUAUGACAAGAUCAGUUCUGGAAAAUAGUACAAGUUAUGAAGAAGCCAAGAAUAUAUUGACUAAAACUAAGAUAUUGGCUCCAGCAUAUCUUAUCCUGGGAGGCAACCAGUCUGGGGAGGGUUGUGUGAUUACACGAGAAAGGAAAGACUCUUUGGAUGUAUUUGAACUCAAUCCUAAACAGGGUAGAUGGUAUCUGGUACAAACAAAUUAUGACCGAUGGAAAAGCCCCUUCUUCCUUGAUGAUCGCAGAACACCUACACAGAUGUGUCUAAACCGCACAACCCAAGAGAACCUGUCAUUUGCAACUUUAUAUGAUGUCCUGUCAACAAAGCCUGUUCUCAACAAGCUGACAGCGUUUACAACCUUGAUUGACGUUACCAAAGGUCAAUAUGAAACUUACCUGCGGGACUGCCCAGACCCUUGUAUAGGUUGGUGAGCGCGCAUCCAGCCUACUGCUCAUGCAUUCCAAUUUGUGAAGAUGCAAUGUCCAGCAUGACUGGCUCGAGCAGCUUCCGGUCUUACCCAGGGGUUGAGAGACUCCAGGCCCAUUCUUGGUGGGUCAUGAGCAUGUCCUUUUUUGGACACCUACAACUGCAGAUUGUUUUUUGCACACAGAAAUUGAUUCUUCAUAAUUACAGGUCACUUUUUCAAGUGGAGCAAAGCAGUCAUCUAGAAUUUGCUGAAUAUCAUUUCACUAUGGCAUUUGGGGAUGGAAUGAGGAGUUAAAUCAUUGUAGGACUUACAAUGAAAAAUGAUGAAUUUUUAUUUAUUUGAAAUUAACCAAAGUUCUCUGCAGGUUAAUCCAUUGCCCUAUGGAAUGUAAAAAUAAAUAACCCACAUUAUUCAGUUUUUCA